AUGGUUGCUACAAUCCGCAAGUACAAGGCCGCCGCCGUCAAUGCCGAGCCAGGCUGGCUCAAUCUCGAGCUCUCUACCCAGAAAACGAUCCAUUGGAUCAACGAGGCUGGGAAAGCAGGCUGCAAGCUGAUCGCCUUUCCUGAGCUAUGGAUCCCAGGCUACCCAUACUGGAUGUGGAAAGUCACAUACCAAGAGUCUCUUCCACUCUUGAAGAAGUACCGCGAGAACAGCCUAAAGUCCGACUCGCCAGAAAUGAACCGCAUUCGCACCGCCGCCAAAGAGAACUCCAUCUUCGUUUCUCUUGGCUACUCCGAGUUGGAUCUCAACAGCCUCUACACCACCCAGGUCAUGAUCGAUCCCUCGGGAACCGUCAUCAACCACCGCCGCAAGAUCCGCGCAACGCACGUCGAACGUCUCGUCUUUGGCGAUGGAACGGGAGACACGCYCAAGUCCGUCGUGGACACGGAGAUUGGUCGCAUCGGUCACCUCAACUGUUGGGAGAACAUGAACCCUUUCCUCAAGGCUUACGCUGUCAGUCUCGGCGAGCAAGUCCAUGUUGCUGCCUGGCCUCUCUACCCCCACGCUUCGACUUUGAAGUAUCCAGACCCAUACACCAACAUCAGCGACGCCAACUCCGACAUUGUCACGCCUGCGUAUGCUAUUGAGACUGGCAGCUUCACUCUCGCUCCUUUCCAGACCAUCUCUGCCGAGGGCGUGGCUUUGCAGACACCUCCUGGCAAGACCCCCGAAGAUCCAAACGUUUACAACGGGAACACCAGGAUCUUUGGACCGGAUGGACAGGCUCUGAUCCCCAAGCCUGCCGAGGACUUUGAAGGAUUGGUGUUUGUGGAUGUCGACCUCGAUAAGACGCAUCUCUCCAAGGCACUGAACGAUUUCGGUGGACAUUACAUGCGUCCUGACCUCAUUAGAUUGGUGGUUGAUACUGAUCGGAAGGACUCUGUUUCUAGGGUCAAUGGGAGCGGCAYGCACGAGGUUGUCAGUACGMUUGAGAGGGUGGGAUUGAACAAGCCUUUGGUGGCUGAGGAUGUUGAGACGGAGUAG